CUUGAAAUUAGACUUUGUCUGAGUAAGGCAGGUUGGAGGUCCGUUUGCUCUUGUGUUCUGAAGGAGAAUAGGAACAAUUUCGUACUGCAGCAGUAAAUUCCAUUUUCAGUUUCCAAUUUUUAUUUUUUUUAUUCUGACGAUUGCUGUGCCUUCCUGCCUUAUCUCCUUUUUUUCCAAAAUGAAUAUUCUUUACGAUCAGAUUGUCCUAUUCGGCGACUCCAUCACUCAGGGUAGCUUUGAGACAAAGUACACUGGAUGGGGUGCUUCUCUUGCUGAUGCAUAUCAGCGACGAGCAGAUGUUUUGAAUCGAGGGUUCUCAGGCUAUAACACCAAAUGGGCCAUGCCAAUCUUCAAACAAUUGUUGCCCGAAAAGCCAGAUGAAACUCAGAGAGCGAAAAUCCGCUUGAUGACAAUUUUCUUCGGUGCAAAUGACGCUUCCGAGUCUUGGACCGAACAGCACGUUCCAAUAGAUGUGUACGCCGACAACUUGACAACCAUUGUCGAAGGAAUUCAGAAAUACAGUGCCGACACUCGAAUCAUUGUCAUCACCCCUCCACCAGUCAACGAAGUUCAGUGGAAGAAGAGAUGCGAAGACGGCGGUGGUGUCUUGGAUCGAUCCAAUGAAUUGGCUAAGGCGUAUGCUGAAGCUGCAAAGGAUGUAGCGAGAAAACACAAUGUGCCUUACGUUGACCUAUGGACUGAGAUCAUGAAACUGGUCGAUGAUUCUGGUAGUGCUGAGGAUAUGGCAGAGCUAACGAGCGAGAAGUUACAUAAUCGCGACUUGUCUGAGUUUUUGUAUGACGGCCUACACUUGGAUGCUCUUGGUUGUCAAGUUCUUUUUGCUGCUUUGAUGCAGACCAUCAAGUUGAACUUCCCUGAAUUGAAUCCAGAGAGCAUGCCUGAAGAAUUGCCAGGAUUCUGGGAGGUUCCCAAGGAAGAUUAUGAAACAGCUCUUACAUUCAGAAAAUAAAUAGAAUUAGAAAUAGACAUGGUCGUGUCGAGACAGGUUUACAUUUGGCCGGUUGAAUUGAUCUGACUCUGAAUAUACAGACGCUGUCGCCAAGCAUGCUCUUCUCAGCUAAUCGCUGUCACAAACCCGUCACAAGCUGUACGUGGCAUGCAAACACAAUACAUUACAAAGAAGAGCUUUGGCUUGUGCAAAAGAAUUGAAAGCUCG